AUGAAGUUCUCAGCCUGGCAGGCGCUGCUUGUGGCAGCUCUGUGCCUUUUGCCUUCUGUCUGCGCCUGGGGAAUUGCAGGACACCAGAUCGUAGCCACCAUUGCGCAGACGCAGCUUCAUCCUUUAGUUCGAGAACAGCUCUGUUCGAUCCUGCCCAAUUAUACACAAUACCCUUCACACUGGCCACCAUCCGAAGAUGUACUACCUCGCACACACUGUCAUUUGGCCGUGCUGGCCGGAUGGCCCGACACCAUCCGCUCUCGAUACCCAUGGAGCGGUCAGCUCCACUAUGUCAAUCCGGUAGACGAUCAUCCCCCAACCCAAUGCUAUUACGGAGAGACCGGCUGGACGUCCCCGAACAACGUUCUUACUUCUCUGGUCAAUUACACAUCCCGCGUGGUGACCGAAACCGGCUGGGAACGCGACAUGGCGCUACGGUUCAUGGUCCACCUUUUCGGUGAUGCGCAUCAGCCACUUCAUCUCACUGGACGCGCUCGUGGUGGCAACGAUGUCUGGGUUCACUUCGAGGGCAGGAAAGCGCGUCUUCAUAGCGUGUGGGACACUUUGCUCAUCAACAAAGAGAUUCGCGAGCUCUCAAAUUAUACGACACGCUUGCCUUCGGGACGCAUCGAGAGCGCUCUCGUCGGAGCUAGAUACGACCCUUUGGUGAGGUUCAUCCUCAAGGAAGGCCUCGGACAGCCUGCCAUCCGCGGCGACGUUGGCAAUGCCUGGUGGAGGGACGAGUCGGCCAGCUGGCCUGCAUGUCAAGGCCAUGCCUCCGUCUCAGACGCACAGAUGCUGGAGGGCGAGGGACAGCUCGCCUUCUCCUCCAUGGUCGAGGACCCGAGCAGGGUGGAUGACACGGAUCUGCCGAUCUGCCCUUACGAGUGGACUCAACCGAUGCACUCAUUGGUGUGCGACUAUGCCUUUGCUGCGCCUGUACCCGCCUGGGAGCCAGCGCCGCCGUCUGACGGAGACGAUUCGGAGCCUUCACCGAUACCCUUUACCGAGCCUGAGCUCGACGUGCCCGAGUACGUGGGUCGCAUCGAACGCGACAAGGUAAUUCACAAGCAGCUCGCAAAGGCAGGUGUGCGUCUCGCUGCGGUACUCAACACGCUUCUGCUGCCUGACGAGAGCGUCUCGACGUUGUCAGACUAA